GACUGACCUACCGCGGCCUCCCUCACCCUUUGCUCCCCCUUCCUCCUCGCGCCGCCGCCCCAAACCCCCUCUAAAACCCUCGCCGCCGGCGCAUCCUCCCGCCCCGCUCCAGACCAGAGAAGCCCUAGACGUCCGCCGCGGCCGGGGGAGGGAUGGGGAUCUUCGAGCCGUUCCGCGCGAUCGGGUACGUCACCACCGGCGGCGUGCCCUUCUCCCUGCAGCGCCUCGGCACCGAGACCUUCGUCACCGUCAGCGUCGGCAAGGCCUUCCACGUCUACAACUGUGCCAAGCUCACUUUGGUCCUUGCCGGACCUCAACUGCCCAAGAAGAUCCGCGCUCUGGCAUCCUUCAAGGAAUACACAUUUGCUGCAUACGGAAGCGACAUCGCGGUUUUCAAACGGACCGAUCUGGUGGUUACCUUUACUAAACAUGAAGAAAAGGUCAACAUGCUGUACCUGUUUGGAGAAUACAUUCUCAGUGCAGAUAUUAAAGGUGAUUUAUUUAUCUGGGCCUUCAGAGGAGCUAAACCAAGCAGUGAGCCUGUUGGAAACAUAUCACUGGGAGACAAGUUUACUCCAACCUGCAUUAUGCAUCCGGAUACUUACCUAAAUAAGGUCAUUAUUGGUAGUGAAGAAGGACCCUUGCAGCUGUGGAAUAUCAGCACAAAGAAAAAAGUAUAUGAUUUUAAGGGUUGGGAUUCAUCAGUACGUUGUUGUGUUUCUUCACCUGCUCUGGAUAUGGUUGCAGUCGGUUGCGCCGAUGGAUCUAUUCAUGUUCACAAUAUACGAUAUGAUGAAGAGUUGAUGUCUUUCAACCAUGAAAUUCGGGGUGAUGUAACUGCCCUGUCAUUUCGAACAGAUGGGCAACCCCUUCUAGCAUCUGGAGGUUCCUCGGGUGUUAUUAGCAUUUGGAAUCUUGAGAAGAGAAGGCUGCACUCUGUGAUUAGGGAGGCCCAUGAUGGUUCUAUUGUAUCACUUCAUUUCUUUGCCAAUGAACCUAUUUUGAUGAGCUCAGCAGCUGAUAAUUCAAUAAAAAUGUGGAUAUUUGAUAAUAAUGAAGGAGAUGCUCGUCUGUUACGAUUUCGAAGUGGACAUAGCGCUCCACCUCGGUGCAUAAGAUUCUAUGGCAAUGGAAAAUUCAUCUUAUCCGCUGGUCAAGACCGUGCCUUCCGUCUUUUCUCAGUUGUUCAGGAUCAACAAAGCAGAGAGCUUUCUCAGCGGCAUGUGGCAAAAAGAGCGAAAAAGCUUAGAGUAAAGGAGGAAGAGAUAAAGCUAAAACCAGUUAUUGCAUUUGAUUGUGCUGAGAUACGUGCACGUGAUUGGUGUAAUGUUGUUACAUGCCACACGGAUACUUCAAAGGCAUAUGUAUGGCGUCUUCAGAACUUUGUUAUAGGCGAACAUAUUCUUACACCAUCGUCAGAGACUGAGUCACUGAUUAAGGCUUGUACUAUAAGUGCAUGUGGUAAUUUUACUAUCUUGGGCACUGAAGGUGGUUGGAUCGAAAAAUUUAACCUUCAAUCUGGGAUUAGUCGUGGUAGUUACAUUGAUGGCUCUCUGUCAUUGCAAUGUGCACAUGAAGGUGAAGUUGUUGGAUUAGCCUGUGAUGCAACAAAUGGAUCUCUGAUUAGUGCUGGAUACCGUGGGGAUAUUAAGGUCUGGGAUUUUAAGAGUUGCAAGCUAAAAUCCAAAUUCAAUGUUGGUAAAUCUGUAACUAAGAUUGCAUAUCACCGGGCAAAUGGUCUUCUUGCUACUGUAGCAGAUGAUAUGGUGCUUGUAUUGUUUGAUACAGUAUCAAUGAAAAUGGUCCGUAGAUUUGAAGGACAUACAGAUCGUAUCACUGAUCUGUGUUUCAGUGAGGAUGGGAAAUGGCUCAUUUCGUCUAGUAUGGAUGGGACGCUCAGAAUAUGGGAUAUCAGUUUAGCAAGACAGAUAGAUGCGAUGCGCGUUGAUGUAUCUAUAACAUCCGUCUCUAUGUCUCCUAAUAUGGAUGUGCUGGCAACCACCCAUGUUGAUCAAAAUGGCGUGUAUCUUUGGGUUAAUCAAGCUUUGUUCUCACCUUCGACAAAUGUUGAUAGCUAUGCAAGUGGUAAACAUGUCCGGAACGUGCUUUUGCCAACUGUUUCGUCAGCCGAAAGAUCUGAGGAGGAAGAACCCAUUAAAAAAUCACAAGAUUCAAAUCAAUCUAAUAUUAAACCUUUUGUCAUAAUGGAUCAUCAAAUACCAGAUAUGAUCACACUCUCAUUACUCCCAAGGAGUCAAUGGCAAAGCUUGACAAAUCUUGACAUUAUAAAGGUUCGAAACAAACCGAUCGAGCCACCUAAGAAACCUGAGCAGGCGCCAUUUUUCUUGCCCUCAGUUCCAUCCCUUUCAGGGGAGAUAUUGUUUGAGCCUCCUUCCAGUAAAGAAACAGACGGCAGCACUACUGAGGACAUAGGUCAUAAAAAGAUGGCCGAUCUCUCCUCCCACUUCAGUCGGUUGUUACAAUCCUGUGGAGAACUUGAGAGCUAUUCAGCGUUCACCGACUACCUAAAAGGCCUAUCUCCGUCAUCCUUAGAUAUGGAACUACGGAUGCUACAGAUAAUAGAUGACGACGAGGUGGAAGAGUCUGAGGAACCAAGACCCGAGCUCCAUUCCAUUUCAUUGCUGCUGGACUACUUCAUUCAUGAGCUUUCCUGCAGGAACAACUUCGAGUUUGUUCAAGCUGUUCUGAAAUUGUUUCUGAAGAUACAUGGUGAAACAAUACGGCGCCACUCGACGCUACAGGAGAAAGUGAGGAAACUUCUAGACGUCCAGAGCAAGGUCUGGCAGAAGAUCGACAAAAUGUUUCAAAGCUCGCGAUGCAUGGUCACAUUCCUCAGCAACUCGCAGUUUUAGUUGCAGGUCCCGAUUUCUGAAAUCAAUGCAUACUUGGGAGUCCAUGUGGCUGUUGUACCAUUCUGCUGUACCUCACCGUCUUGUCGUCGUGGUAAAAGCUGCAAGGCAUAUAUACGGUGUUGUUAACAGAGAUGACCACAGAUUGUGCUCCUGAUGAUGAUGUAACAGUUUUGUUCCUGUAUUCUUUUGUAACAUACAGAUGUAUCAGCACUGUUCAGCGAGAAAUAUUUGGGAAUGUCGCAAGUGCCAGUUAGGCGAAACAUCCCCAAGUGUUUAUCCAGCAUUUUACUUUAGUGAUAGCCCUCCGUGUUCA